AUGUCGGAACGAAAGGUUCUCACCAAGUACUACCCUCCAGAGUUCGAUCCCUCCAAGAUCGCCCGCACUCCUAAACACCUCCGACCGACUGGGCCCAAGACAAUCCCCGUCCGCCUCAUGGCUCCCUUCAGUAUGAAAUGCACAUCCUGCGGCGAAUACAUAUACAAAGGUCGUAAAUUCAACGCCCGGAAGGAGACAACCGACGAGAAAUACCUGACUAUCUCCAUCUACCGCUUCUACAUCCGCUGCACCCGGUGUUCUUCCGAGAUCACUUUCAAGACUGACCCGAAGAACAUGGACUAUACCUGUGAACGAGGGGCAAAAAGAAACUUUGAGUCAUGGCGAAAUCCCGAAAAUCCAGAACUGAAAGAGACUGAUGAGGAGCGUUUGGAUAGACUAGAGAGAGAGGAAGCCGAGGAGGAGGAAAAUGCGGAACGAAACGCCAUGGAGGAGCUGGAGCAGAAGAUGGAGGAGAGCAAGAGGGAGAUGCAGGUCGCAGACGCCCUCGAUGAGAUCAUGCAGCGAAAUGCACGGAUAGAGCGCGGCGAAAAGGGUGGCAAAGAGGACGAGGCCCUGAAUCAAGUGAGAGAUCUUCAGAGAGAGGAGAGAGAGCGACAAGAACGGGAGGAUGCCGAAGCUGCCCGCAAGGCAUUUGAAGCUGCCAACGUCGAAAGGACGAGGCUCGAGGAACAACAAAAGGCAAAUGGCCAAAGUAAUCACGUUGCACAUGGGGAAUCCGACGAACCACAUCGACCUGCGCAGCCGCCUCCGUCAUUCGAGAGGGUUAAAAAGAUCAAGAAACCUCUGGUGCCCGGACUGGUGCGCAAGGCCGAGCCUAUGACAGCAUCAAAACAACCCCCUGCACCAGUUCCUGUACAACCACCUACUCUCGGCUUGGGUGGUUAUGAUUCUGACGAAGACUGA